AUGAACAAAUCUCAAAUCACCAAUCUAGCGUUAAACAUACUCAGCACAAAUAGUCUUAUUCAUUCUACUGGUAUCCAUAUUCUGGAGAUAAAACCAUGCAUUUUAUGUAAACAGAAAUUCAUCUCACAUCCGGAUGAGCCAAUCAAAGAAUUUACUAUGGCCACCUGUGGUUGUAUUUAUCACCAAAAGUGUCUUAAAGGUUAUCUCUUGGAUAUAGUGAAAAAUAGAUCUAAUUCUACAUAUCCAAAUUGGGAUUGUAAAGGCAGAGAAAUCGAAACUCUAAUAACUCAAGAUCUCUUUAAAGAAAUGGGCAAAUCUACAACCCCGACUGUUGGAAACACUGUAAAUAUGCAAGUUAACUCGGAAAAUCUAACUCCCAUCGAUGAUAAGGAGGUAGAUUAUAAGAUAGACUCAGAAAAUCUAACUCCCGUGGAUGAUACUAAUAAUCCGUUAGAACAAGGGAGUCAUGCGGAAGAUCAACUGAUGAAUUCUACCAAAACUUCUUUUGAUCAGGCUCGUGAGACGGAUUUGGGUAAGGGAGAAGAAGAGAUGUCAGAGGUGGAUGUAGAACAAACAGUACUGGAUCAAGAAAUAGGCGUGAAUGUUGAAAAUGAGGAUAAUCUAUUAGAAGUGAUUGAAGAGCAAUCGAAUCAUAGGCAAAAAAUAGACGUAGAUAAUACUA